AUUUUAGUACACACUAACAUGGCGUGUAAUUGGUUGCAGUGGAGUCUUGUAGGUUUAGGGGCUGUCACUGCUGUUAAGCUUGGAUUAUCUGCGCUUUCAUACGGAUGGUCAUUUCUUCGGGGCUAUGUGCUUCCGUCUCUGGGAAUUAGGAAAGAUCUUAAACGGCUAGGAGAGUGGGCAGUGGUGACUGGUUCUACUGAUGGAAUUGGCAAGGCAUAUGCUGAAGAGCUUGCAAGGCAAGGCCUUAAUAUUGUGCUGAUCAGUCGCUCUGAAGAAAAGCUUAGAGCUACUGCUGAGGCAAUAGAGUCUUCCCACGGUGUUCAAACUAAGGUGGUGCAAGCUGAUUUUAGUGAAAGUGGUCAACAGCUGUAUGAUCGUAUUUUCAAUCAAGUGAAAAAUCUGAAUGUCGGCAUACUGAUCAACAAUGUUGGUGUUGCUUAUGAAAAUCCAGAAUAUUUCUGUGAAAUCACUACCGACAUGUUGUGGCAACUAGUGAAUGUAAAUGUAGCAGCUGUCACUCUACUAACUCAUGCCAUAUUGCCGUCCAUGUUGGGUCGAAAACGUGGUGCUGUGGUGAAUAUUGCAUCAUUUGCUGGUUGCUAUCCAAUAGGUCUAAUGUCAGUGUAUUCUGCAACUAAGUCAUAUAUGCAUACCUUCACCCAAGCUCUACAGCAAGAAUACAGUGGCACGGGUGUUACUAUUCAGUCAGUUGUUCCAUUAUUUGUGGUCACCAAGAUGAGCUGGAUAAAACAACCAAGAUGUUUUGUUCCAACACCAACCGACUUUGUCCAUCGAUCUAUUGGAACAAUUGGGUAUCAGCCAGUGUCACGUGGAUGUGUAUCUCAUGAACUACAAGGCUUGGCUAUUUCGUGUCUUCCUUCUUGGCUCCAGAAGACUGCUACAUUUAAUGUAGUUAAAUUUGUGAUGAAGAAAUUCAAAGCUGAGAAACAGAAAUCUCAAUGACCAUUG